GUGGAAGUGAAGCAGUCAAGUGACAGCUCGAACAGAACGAUGAGCUGAGUGAAGAAAAGCAACAAUAUCCAACGAAAAUGUAAGAUCAAGGACCAAAAGCUCGUGUAGCUCGUGACAAAAUGGACGAGACAAGUCCACUGCUUGGUUACCGGGCUGACGUGGGUCCAGCGAUUCCCUCUCCCAACCUGAGACCCAGACACCAAGAGCUAAUCCCGACACCAUGUGGGCCGAUCAAGUCCUGGUCAGAGCUUUCGUGUCGGCUCAAGUUUUACUUUUGCUUCACCAUUGCAUCUCUGCUGGUGCUGCUGGGUCUCACCAUUGCAAGCAUCAACAUGCAGCAGCUGGAUCCUGGUAUCUCAGAGGAGGACAACCUUGCUGUGUCUCUCAUCCAACUGGUUGGAAUUUUGUUCUGCAUCUAUUACAUCGGCCGAGGCAUCCUGCAGGACAACAGGCAGGAGCUGCUCAAGUUUUUGCUGAGUGUGUUGGUGCUGAUGGUUCGGUCGGUGGUCAACUUCUGCGUGUUAACUCCUCAGGGAAAGAAGGAGCUUCUGGUACGAUUUGUGUGCAUCAUGAGUUUGGGCGUCGCCCACCUGGUCUGCAGCACUCUACUCAUCUGCACGCCAAACAUGAUGGCGUUCCGAGUGGGCGGAGCGCUGGAGAGUCUGCAGGACCAGUACUUCCUGCUCAACCGGUGCUUCUCGCUGGUGACUUUUGACCUGCAGGCUCAGUUGUCCUUGUGCAUUCUGCUGACCACGUCGGACCCCAGCAUUACGACCCAGAACAGCAUCAUCCUGGGAGUGGGAGUGUUCUGGGCCUGUCUGACCGCUGGGGUGGGAGCUGUCGGCGUUCUGAGAGAGUCAAAGCUGCUGGUUGUGGUCUUCAUGGUCCAGAACCUUCCUCAGGCGGCCUUCUUUGCUUACCUCAUGUACACGAUUGUGGUCAAAUGGCACAAGGACACCUCUUUCACUCUGGAAGCAGCAGCGGUCACCGGGGCGACCAUCUCACUGGUCAUCAAACUGGUUUUGAUCUGGAGUCUGGUCAGACUGGUCAAGAGUUUUGGUCAAGGCCUCCGAGAGAGAAUGUCAGCGCCGGGAUGAGCUCCAGCAGACGGAUGAUGUCUAACACUGCGUGUGCCUUUCAAGAGGAACAAGUUUUACAAGUUUCUCCUUGUUCAGAGAAUUUAUUUUUAACUUACCCAGCAUAUUGUCUUCACAGAACCUUCUCACUGCUGAGCAUCUUUUAAGGACUGUUUUUAAAUAAACAAAACACCCUACAUUAGUUUUGGUCACUUUGGUCACACACACACACACACACACACAUAUCCUAAAAUGAUCACUCCCAUCUGGAUCAUUGUUUCCAUCGCUUCUUCCUCAGCUAGUUUGUACUUUGUGAAGCAAAAUAAUAGAGUUAGUGUCAAAGCAGAAGUGUACACUUCACACUUCCUGUUUUGAUUAUGACAUCGGUAAGAAUCACUGCCCUUUUCACAUAUAUUACAGGCAGUGAGGGGAAAAAUGAAGUUGCGGUGACACACUGUAAACAAGCAAAACAAGUUUGUGAAAAAAAAAAGUAGCAAACAGUUUAUUGGUAAACUGGUUC